UCGCUACUCUCGUGUUGCUGCGACAGAUCUGACACCUAUCCCCCUUCCCAGUCCUGCAACUCAUCCUUCCAAGCAACGACACCAUGGCCUCCACCAUGGAUUACGAGAACGAGAACGGAGCUCGCUAUGAAGAUGAAGCUCCGCGUUACGAGCGUGAUCGCAGCGCGUCCCCUCGCCCAAGUCGUCGCAAUGAGAGUCCUCGUGGACCUCGCCGCUCUGCUUCUCCCAAUGGCAACGGACACCCUGAUAGCCGUGGCCCAAGAACCGACCGUGGCCCUCCUCCCCAAGAUGAUGGUGCAGUCAACCCUGGAUCCAACCUCUUCGUCACUGGUAUCCAUCCUCGUCUCUCUGAGCAGGAGGUCACUCGUCUCUUUGAGAAAUACGGUGAUGUCGAGAAGUGCCAGAUCAUGCUUGAUCCCCACACCAAGGAGUCUCGUGGCUUUGGCUUCGUCAAGAUGGUCACUGCUGAGCAGGCUGAUGCCGCCAAGGAGGGUCUUCAAGGUGAAGUCAUUGAGGGCCGAACCUUGAGCAUCGAGAAGGCUCGUCGUUCCCGUCCUCGUACUCCUACACCUGGCAAGUACUUUGGACCACCAAAGAGAGGCAAGCAUUCCCUGUUUCCCGUUUGUUACACAAUUAACUAAAACACCAGAAGACGACCCACGCCAUUCUCGCGGUAGAUAUGGUGACCGCUACGAUGACCACCGUCGUGGGGGCGGACGUUACGGCGGAGACCGCGACUACGACCGAGGCUAUGGCCGCCGUGAUGACAGAAGAUAUGACGAUCGUCGAGAUCGCGACGAUGGCUACGCCCCCCGAGUUGACCGCUAUGCUGGAAGAGACGACCGC